AUGCUCACAAAGUUCGGCCUGGCCUCCAUCUGCGGCUACCAGACCGUGUGGGGUGUGAGCCCUGCCCUGCACUCGCCCCUCAUGUCCGUGACUAACGCCAUCAGCGGCCUGACCGCGGUCGGCGGCAUGGUGCUGGCGGGCGGCGGCCUCAUCCCCCAGAGCACCGCCCAGUGGCUGGCCGCGACCGCCGUCCUAGUCAGCGCCGUCAACAUCGGCGGAGGCUUCACCAUCACCCAGCGCAUGCUGGACAUGUUCAAGCGCCCCGAGGACCCCAUUGAGUACAACAACCUCUACGCCAUCCCCGGCGCCGUGCUGCUGGCGGGCUGGGCUGCGGGGCGCUACCUGGGCCUUGAUGAGGUCACCUCAGCCACAUACCUCGUUUCCAGUGCCCUGUGCAUCGCGGCCAUUGCGUGCCUGUCUAAGCAGGAGUCCGCGCGCACAGGCAACGCCCUCGGCCUCAUCGGCGUCAGCGGGGGCAUCGUGAUCGGCAGCCUUGCGGCCGGCGGCGUGGUGGGCAACCAGAUCGCAUCGCGCAUCAAGAUCACAGACCUGCCGCAGAUGGUGGCGGCCUACCACUCCCUGGUCGGCCUGGCCGCCACCGUCACCUCCAUCGCCAACAUCAUGCUGGCCGCCGACGGCGCCGCCGGCGGCCAUGCCGCUAUGGACGGCGUGCACAUGACCACGGCGUUCCUGGGUGACGUCAUCGGCGCCAUCACCCUCACGGGCUCGGUGGGCGCCGCGGUUGGCUGUGGGUUGGGCGUUGUGUAA